GUUGACUCUGGACAGUGUCUAGAAAUCCAUGGCCUCGGGCUCUCCGUUUUCUUUCCGUGAAUUCGCGCAGGAUUCAGAUACUACCCCGAGAUGAUGCCUUCCAGCGGAGGUGGUAGCGCCGCCAGCAUCGUCAGACACGGCUUGGAAAAAAUCCAGCUUCACGACAUUAAAGAGAAGCUGAGUAACUAUAUCCAGAACGUCAGGUCGCUGAGGAGCCAGCUGAGCCAGGCUGACGGUUUAUCUGCCAUCCGGCGGCUCGAGGAAGAGCUGGAAGCCACCAGGGCCGCCUACGAGGGGCAAAUACAGGAUCUGCAGCAAACACUGGAGGGGCUUCAUAACCUACAGACCCAAAACGGGCUCGUUACGCCCCACGACGGCGUGUCGGUAACGGAGUAUCAGCACAGGCUGUGGGAGCUGAGCCGGGAGCUGGCGCGGAGGGACGAGGAUCUGGGGUCUCUGCAGCUUCUGGUCAGCCGGCAGGAGGCGGACAUUCAGGGUCUGCGCGGAGCCGCCGUCUCCCCCUCCGUACAGCGGGACGUCGCCCAGCACGAGCUGGCGGAGCUGCGCAGGACCCUCCAGAACGCCCAAAACAAGUACGAAGAAGAGUUUUCUCAGAGGUUAAAACUUCAGGACCGGAUCCUGGAGCUGACCCGCGACACCGAGAGACAGAACCUGAACCACGCCAAGGAGUCCCAGGAUCUCAGAGCCCGGGCCGCCCAGGCCGAAGCCCUGGUGCUGCAGUUGGAAGCCCGGCUGCGGAGCGUUAGCCGCGGGGGUCCGGUACUAAUGGAGACCGUCCAGAAAAUCCAGGAGGCCAGCGAGGCCGAAGCGAAGAGGCUGCGAAGUGAGACCGAAAAUGCCUUCAACAAGAGCUUUCUGGAGCUCCAAAUGCGCAUGAGCAGCGACCAGGAGCUCCUGAGACACACCGAGGAGGAGAAGCGGCAGCUGAACCUGCGCGUCGAGGAGCUGGCCGCCGAGCUGACGCUGCUGGGCAAGAAGUUCCUUUCGGAACAAUCUGAGAGCCGGGCCGUGAUCGAGAACCUGGAGGGCGAGCGUGUGAGGGGACUGCAGCACAUCCGAUCCCUGGAGGCCAGGCUGGAGGAAAUGCAGGAUCUUCUUCUGGCAAAAAUGAAAGAAUCGGAGACUUUUCAGAACACGAACUCGUCUCUGAGGGCCGAGCUGGACGGCCUGAAGUCCAUGCUGGAGGAAGAGGAGCAGUUCAUGCACUCCACUCAUCUCCACGUCCCGCCGUCCACUCACCCCUCGCCGGGCUUGGGGGGCUCCUGGCCGUCGCCCUCAGCGAGUCCGGGGGGUAAAUCUUCCAGCGAGACGUUCAGCCCUUUAAACUCGGCGGAUUCCUUUGAAAGCCCCUCGUCUUCCGCCUCGUCCCGGGGGUCUCGGAAUGUGGACAGAAACUCCGAAGGAAAACGUAGUCAGAACAAGUCUGCCAAGAGGCCGGGGUCAGCACCUUCUGCAGCCUCUUACCCCGUACCUGGGGGUGAAACGCGAGACUCCCAUCCCUCCGCAAAAGAGACGGUCAGUCUGACGAAAAUCACCCAAAAGCCUCCCUGCACCGCUAAUGACCACGCGGCAGCCACGUCAAGCUGUCUCGGGGACUUGGAGAUUCGAGACGUCCGCCCCACCUCCGUGAUGAUUAUUAACUCUUCUGCUGAUAAAGAGGAAGACGUCGGCGGUUACAUCCUGCAGCAGAACGUCGGCGGACACCCCGUGUCUCUGUACCGCUUCCCACCCAGCGUACGCAUCGUGCCGAACGCCGCCGUGACGGUUUGGGGGGCCGCGGCCGAUGUCCCUCACAACCCUCCGGCCCAUUUCCUAUGGAAGGAGCAGGAUACGUUUCUGACGGACCCUCGCUGCACCACCGUGCUGAGCACCGCGAGCGGCCGCGCCGUGGCGUGGUACACACCCGGGCGCGACAAAACCCGUAAGUCUGCAGAGCGAUGCGAAAUAUCCGAGGAAGUUUGUAAAAUCCCAGAACAAAAGCUGGAGCCGAGGCUGACGGAGCGAGAUCUGGAUCUACGGAACCGGCCGGCGGAACCAGCAGGACCUCACAGGCAGGACAAGGUCCCGGUGCUGAUAAGGAGAGAGAAGAUGCCUCCAUUAGUAUUACCGCCAACGCGCAGCCCGUGGACUCAGAGCGUGGCUUCUCCCACUCACCCUCACUUCUCUCCAAGAGAACCCCUGGUGGCAGGAAAGUCUUCAGAGUCACGAAGUGCCAGGGAAGAAGUCGCAUUCAGGAACAGCCGGGGGCCGACGCGUUCCGCAGGGCCCAACACGCGAGGUGUUCUGUACCUGGGCAGUUCGGCUCCUGCCGGUUCCGUGCUUCACAAGUUCUUCGCCAAUUCGUUGUAUGACAUCAGACUGGCAAGUCAAGUCUCGUUAGCGCCAAGUAUCGUAUCCGGCGUUUAACCUCAUCUCCCAACGCGAUGACGCGCUGUACCCGACGCUGUACCCGACGCGGUUUAUUAAAAUAAUUAAUUGGCUUGAAACGGGGGGGGAAUAAAACUUGAUGUUUGUCAAAAUAAAUCAUAUGCAAAAGAUGGAAAUCUCUUUGUUGUGUAUUUAACACAAAAAUGUAACAUUUAUAUGAGAAUCCACACAAUACAAUUUUGGUAAUUAAGUAAUAAAAGGGGGCUUGUCAUGUUGUGGGAUUUAGAAGGGAUUGGGGGCCGUCACAGAGCAGACAUUGGCCAUGUGGGGGUCCUCGGGUAACGCAGGCCCCCGCAGCGUGAGGGUUUGGGAACACUUCUGGCCCCGGUCACUGUGGGGUACGAUAAGCUGAAAAGGAAACGAGACAGCAGACAGCGGGACCUGCGAUGCAAGCACUGCGGCCAUAAAGCGUAAUUACUGUUUUAGCCGUUCAAUAAUAUUAUUUAUUAUGCAAAAAAAUAAAACAUGAGAU